AUGAUCGCUCAUAUACCAAUACGUAAUGAUAUUUUAACUGCUGGCAAAUUAUCACAUAAUCAUGGUUCAGGAGUAGUUGGUGCUGCAACAGACGAAUUAGACGAAGAUUCACUUGACGUGCUAGAUAUACUGUUGCUACUAGUAGAAGAAUCUAAACUAGACAAAUAUAAUGAUGAUCUACGAGAACUUGAGGAUAGCCCAUUUGUUGAUCUCGGCGUUCUGGGCGUUGGGCUUGAUAAUGAUGAUACUGAAUCAUUUUUUGCCGAGUAUAAACUACUACGUUUUGAUGUUAUUGAAUCACUUGACUUUGCAGAGUAUAAACUACCGCGUUUUGAUGUUAUCGAGUCACUUGAAUUUGCUGAAUAUAAACUAUUGCGUUUUGUUGUUAUUGAGUCACUUGAAUUUGCUGAAUAUAAACUAUUGCGUUUUGAUGUUAUUGAAUCACUUGAAUUUGCCGAGUAUAAACUAUUACGGUUUGAUCUCACGGGUGAUCCUGCACGUGAUGGUGCACGUGAUGGUGCCCGCGAUGGGGCUCGUGACCUUGAAGGACUAAGUGCCCGGGAAUUUCUUCGAGAGUUACCAACUGGAGAUACUGCUCUACUCUGA